AUGGUUGAGAUAUUUGAUCCUAGCAAGGGCAGAUUCAUUGUACAAGACUUGGUUGGCGAAGUGUCUCUCGGUGCCGUGGAUGUUGAGUGCAUCUUGGCCUUGGAGAACCACGGACUGUCGGCAGAAGGUAUUCUCGGUGAGGAAGGUGAGGAUGUUAAAGAUCGAGUGCCACCUCAAUUCCUGAGCAAGACCACAGUUCUUGCUCCCAUGUCGAGCAAGACUGUACCAAAGCAAUAUUACGCAUUGGUGGACGAUGUGAAGCGUAUAUCCAAGAUUAAUUGGAAUGCAUUCACCCUCCGGGUUCUGCUGGACUGCCUUCGCAACGUGAGGAAAGGCAAACACCUCCGCCAAUGGACGAGAGGGAACUUAGCUCUCCUGCAGUACCUGUACUGGGAGAAGGUUCAGCCUCUGGAAGGUGAAUGCGCAUUCAAUCCUAGCUUGUCCAUGGAACCUCUAAUGAGGAAUUGGACUGAAGCUGCAGCCUCAAGGAGAGACAAGUUUGAUUAUGACCAAAGCCGUGGCCGUGGUAACAUCAAGAUUGAAGACAACAUAACCAAGGAGUAUAGGGCGCAGGAGCGCAAAAGAUUGUUAGAGAAGUUGAACCAAAAUGGUGUGAUGUACAAGCCAGCGGCUGCUGCGGCUUCCGACAACAACGAUGCCGACCUAGAAGUGGAUUCCUUGGAGAAUGGUCCGCCAGAAAAAAGAAGAAUUCGUAAAACACCUGCCAAGUUAAAUGUUGACAAGACAACGAAGCCUACUGAUGAGUGCGGCGCAACACCGGAGAACCCUUGGAUUGUAGGUAAUUCUCCUCGAGCAGAAUCGUCCGACAUUGACAUUUCUGCAAGUUCUAUCGACAGGAUGGUGGGUAAGAGCAAGGGGAAAAAGUAUGCAGCAACCGCAAAAGAAGACGAUUUUAUAUCCGGGAAGCGCCGACGGACUGUUCCCAAGAAAUUUGAAUCCCCCUUUAAACUUGACAAGCCCGGCAAGCGAAGCGCUCGCGCUCUGUUUAGUGACAAUGACAUGGAAGGCUCUGUUAAGGACGAUUUGACACCGGAACUCAUCGAUGCUGCUGUUGCGUUUGUGGAGGCAGCUGCUCGGUCUGAGAAGAAUAUGACAAAAAGAGUUUACUACAAUGAACGUGGCACCUCUGUGACUGUGGAGAGAAUACGACCGGUUAUCGAUGCUUAUCAGACACAUUUGGCUCUGCGCGUUGGUCAUGAUCGGCACCUCUGUCCAGCCUGGAGGUCCAAAUACCUUGUUGAUCGUGCUAAGGCACGAGACAACCCUAAACCGUCGAAAUACAACAUGGAUAGUGCGCUGAGCAGAGCUGGAGCAGUACGUAGGGUUCUGGACGAGUAUACCGUCCGUGAUAAGUCAUUUAUCCCGUUGAACGUCGGCAAUACACACUGGAUCACGGUGGUGAUGCACAACCGCAAGAAAGAAUUCCGAGUUUUUGAUUCGCUCUAUCCUCUCGAGUUCUCUCUCGACACUGUGAAAGCACUGCGACUAGCAAUAGCAAUUGAUAUGGAAGAGGCAAACCGUAUUACACCUGGCAAAUAUCCAGACGUCACUAAGUGGCCUAUCAUACCUCAGAUCGACAUGCCACCACAAGAGGACGGGAACUCUUGUGGCCUUUUUGUGAUUGAAGUUAUGGAGCAUUGGGACGGGGAUCGAUGGACCGCCGAUUUUACCCAGGGCACGGUUAAUACAAGGAGAAGGCGUCUCAUCGCCGAGUUGGUUCUCUCACCUACCAACACGCUCGAAUGUGUGAAGAACAAAAUCCGCGACAUCGCAAAGAAAAGCAAGGCGUGA